AUGGCUUCAAACAACGGCUCGGCCGGGAAAUGGGAGGUAGUGAAGAAAGGAAAGAAGAAUAGCAGCGCGGGAGGAGGCAAGAAGCCCGGGGGGGUCACCGGGGGGGGCACCGGGGGGAGGAAAGCCCUGGGCGAGUCCAACCUGCCCUCCAGACGUAAGUACCACGGCCCGUUACCCCAAAAUAAAGACACAGGGUGGAGUUACUCUAGCUUCUCUGCUGACAGCACUGAGACCCAGACUUAUAAGAGGGUCGACAGGGACCCCUACUCUGGCGAUGUGGCCAAGGUGGCAAACACCAUGAAGAAGGAGCUCGGUCUGGGCCAUGUAGACGGAGAGGCGUCCAACAAAGCCUGUCCCCGCGCACACCAGGGAGUCCGAGACCUCCACGAGUCCUCCUUUAGUCUCUCAGCCCAGGCUGCUCUGCUGGGUGGGACCACCAUGGUGAUGGCUCUGGCCCUGCCUGAACAACACUGCUCCCUGGUGGACGCCUAUGAGAAGGUCCGAGGUCUGGGCGACGCCAAGGCGUGCUGCGACUACGCUCUGCACGUGGGGGUGACCUGGUGGGGGCCCAAGGUCCGUAGCGAGAUGGAGACCCUGGUGAGAGAGCAUGGAGUGAACUCCUUCCAGAUGUACAUGGCGUACAAAGACCUGAUGAUGCUGAGAGACUCUGAGCUCUACCAGGCGCUGCAGACCUGUAAGGACAUCGGGGCCAUCGCUCGCGUCCACGCCGAGAACGGAGAGCUGGUGGCAGAGGGCGCCAAAGAGGCUCUGGAGUUGGGCAUCAGCGGACCGGAGGGGAUCGAGAUCAGUCGACCAGAGGAGCUGGAGUCUGAGGCUACUCACAGAGCCGUCACCAUCGCUAACAGGGCUCACUGCCCGGUCUACCUGGUGAACGUGUCCAGUAUUUCUGCCGGAGACAUGGUUGCUGCUGCUAAGAUGCAAGGGAAGGUGGUCCACGCAGAGACCACAGUAGCCCACGCUGUGCUGAACGGGAUGCACUACUACCACCAGGACUGGGCUCACGCUGCAGCCCACGUCACCGUCCCCCCUCUCCGCCUAGACCCCAACACCCCCAGCUACCUCAUGGGCCUGCUGGGCAAUGACUCUCUGAGUGUCGUAGCCUCGGAGCACCGUCCAUUCAGCACCAAGCAGAGAGCGCUGGGCAAGGAGGACUUCACCAAGAUCCCUCAUGGGAUGUCUGGGGUCCAGGACCGGAUGAGUGUCAUCUGGGAGAGGGGAGUUGUACGUACAGUAGGCCUCCACGAGUCCUCCUUUAGCCUCUCAGGUUCUCAGGUCGACGACCACAUCCCCAAGAGGUCCUCGGCCCGGAUCCUGGCCCCCCCUGGCGGGCGCUCCAGUGGGAUCUGGUAAUCGCUGCUGCCGGCGCGUCACCCGUCCGAGUCUCCUUGUUUUGUAUAAUCCUAACCAACCAGGAAAACUGCACUGAUUUUAAAUAACAAAAGACUAAAGUAACGAG